AUGGAGAACUCUUUUCUCCAUGGGAAGCUGUCGGAGACAGUAUACAUGAGACAGCCGAAUGGAUUUGAAGACACAUCGAAUCCAGAUCACGUGUGUCUUCUCCAAAAGGUAAUCUAUGGCCUAAAACAGGCGCCAAGACAGUGGUACAACAUGUUUACAGAUCACGUACUCUCUCUUGGCUUCCACCACAGUCGAGCAGACCUGUCAUUGCUCACUUACAAGAAAAACGACACGCAAAUGUAUCUGUUGGUAUACGUCGAUGACAUAUUGAUCACCGGCAACAACAAUCAAGCUAUGUCCGAUUUCACCUCUAAACUUGCAGCUCGUUUUAAUUUGAAAAAACUUGGUCUUGCAAAUCAAUUUUUGGGUAUUUCUAUACGUCACACUAAUCACUCUUAUUUUCUUUCCCAGAAAUCCUAUGCGGUAUCCAUUCUCCAGCAAGCAGGGAUGAUGAACUGCAAAGCACUGGCUAAUCCGACGUGUACAAAAACACCGUCUGACAUUAAACCAGAUGUGCUGCUCUCCGAUCAUAUAACAUUCCGGCGUAUAACCAGAUCACUACAAUAUUUAACCUUGACACGCCCGGGCAUUGCCUUCGCAGUCAAUGUUAUCUCUCAACAUAUGCAUAACCUGCUACCUACUCACUGCUAUUUGUUAAAACGACUUCUCAGGUACAUACGCAAGACGCUCGACUUCGGCCUUCCAGUUACCAAAUCGGACCUCCAGCUGCGUUCGUUCUCCAAUGCCGACUGGGCUAGAGACCCAUCUACCAUGAAGUCUACCACCGGGCAUUGUACAUUUCUUGGCAAGACACUCGUUUCAUGGGCUGCCAAGAAACAAACGGUCGUAGCUCGAUCUUCAACAGAAUCGGAGUACAGGGAACUUGCAGCGGCAACCGCGGAUCUCAUUUGGAUUAAACGAUUGCUUACCAAUUUUAACAUUACACAAGAUAGCCUAGCUGAUCUAUUCUGCGAUAAUACCUUCGCUAUCGCAUUAGCUAAUAAUCCUGUCUUUCACACCAGGAUGAAGCACAUUGAAAUAGAUCAACGAUUUAUUCGUGAUCAAAUUCAUCACAACAACAUACGCCUACAUCCAAUCAGCUCGAUCGAUCAAGUCGCUGACAUCUUUACCAAGUAUAUGUCAACACCAAGAUUUCAAGAUCUUCGACUCAAACUGACGAUCGUCCGAGAUCCCUCAGUUUGCGGGGGAAUAUUAGAAGACAAAUAUAAUAACACUUAG